AUGCUCCCGAGGCUGUCCCAGAUUGCCAGACAUCUCUCGACGCCGCCCUUGUCCAGCCUUCGCUCCCCUCGAGGUCCCUCGGCCAUUGCGAGAAUGGCUCCCUCGGGCGAGCGCAACGCGCGAAUGAUUCAUACGGCCGCCUGCCUCGUCAUUGGGGACGAGGUCUUGGGCGGUAAGAUGGAGCCCGUGCUGACGUAUCGCAAGACUGUCGACACAAACUCGGCAUACAUGGCCAAGUGGUGUUUCUCUCUCGGAAUUAACUUGAAGCGCAUCGAAGUCAUCGAGGAUGACGAAGGCGAGAUCGUCGAGGCAGUCCGCCGGCUGAGCGGCUCCUACGAUUUUGUCGUCACCAGCGGAGGCAUCGGUCCGACGCACGACGACAUCACGUACCAGUCGAUUGCGAAAGCGUUCAACCUGCCGCUCAAGCUGCACGAGGAGGCGCUCGAGAGGAUGAAAAGGCUAUCCAAGCCUCAUCCGUCGCAGCCAACGUUUAGCUACGACGAUGCCGAGUCCCCCGCCGUCAAGGCGAAGCUGAGAAUGGUUGAACUGCCAACCGACGACUCUCGGGACUUGAGCGCGCAGUGCAUCUUCCCGCACGACGAGCUCUGGGUUCCCGUCUCGGUGGUGAACGGGAACGUGCACAUUCUACCGGGCGUGCCCAGGUUGUUCGUGACGCUGCUCGACGGCCUGAAACCGCACGUACUUCCCAGGCUCGUCGACCCAGAGGGCAAAGGGAUAACGAGAAUACUGAUAUCGACGCCCUUGGCCGAGAGUGAGGUCGCCGCCUAUCUCACCCAUCUGGCAGCCCAGGUGGAGCCCAAAGGCGUCAAGGUUGGCAGCUAUCCUCGCUGGGGCGAGCUGCGAAAUACAGUCACUCUCGUGGGCAGAGACGAAGCCUUUCUCGAGAGCCUCGUUGCCGAAGUUGAGACCAAUGUCCAGGGCAAGCGCGUCGCGACGGAAGGCGAGGAUGACGUCGUUGUGGCGGACAAGGAUGCGUAG